AUGGAGAAAUUGAGAUGGUUUCAUCAAGGAGGCACUAUUUUCGACUACAUAAAAGAAUUCACCACUAUCAUGCUGGAAAUCGAAGAUCUGUCGGAUAGAGACGCCUUGUUCUACUUUAAAGAUGGGUUAUGUGAUUGGGAUAAGACCAGGCGAGACGGAGACACAAGAAGGGUUAGGCACAAUAAGGCAUCUUGCAGCUUUGACAAAACUUCUGUCAAAAAGGCAGACAAAGAAAAAGGUAUUCGAUUUGUGGAUGUAUCGAUGAAUGGGAAGGAAUCGGUAGCUCUUGUAGACACCGGAGCAUCCCAAAAGUUUCUAGAUACUAAAGAGGCAGAAAUAUUUGGCGUUCGUUGUCUCUCAGGAAGUGGCACAGUCAAAGUGGUCAACUCGGGAGCUAAGAAGAUUUUGGGGACAACUAUUAUUAAGGUGCGUAUUGAUAAUUAG